AUUCGUUUCGAUAAAUUAAAUAUUUAAGCAUGCUUAUCCUAAGAUGGAUCCUGUAUUUUAGUGUCACUAUCGCAGCCAUCCUGGCUGCGUUGGUGACAAUUACUAAUCCAAAGUACCAUGGAAAGGUCAAGAUACGCUCAAAGUAUGGGAAAGUUUCUAUAUAUCGAGGAAACGACGGAACUCCAAAGAUUUUCGGAGAGAAUAAAGAGGCUACUUAUUUUGGACUUGGCUAUGUCCAAGCCCAAGAUAGACUUUGGCAAUUUGAGAAAUUUAGAAGACUAUCAAGAGGCUCUCUCUCUGAAGUAUUUGGAGAUGAGGCCUUUCCUAUUGAUUAUUUCUUCAAGCAGCUGAAUUUUGAUUAUCUCUCACAAGUUGCAAUCAAAGAUGUUGAUCCAGAAGUUUUAGAAGACAUAAGCUACGUAGCUGAAGGGAUCAAUGAAUAUAUCAAAACUAAUCCUCUACCACUAGAGUUUUGGGUAUUAGGAGUUGACUGAGCACCGUUCUCAACAGUAGAAAUCCUUGAAAUUGAGAAAUUCAUUGACUUUGUUGUCUCAUACAAUCAUCAAAUGGAGCUGACGAGAGAUUACGUUUUCAAAGCCACCAAUUCUUCAGAAAUUUCAAGAAAGUAUAUGCCAUUUGAGAAUCAAUACUUCAGGAAAAACCAAUAUGCUACAUUUGAUGAUGAGCAUCUAAAGAAGAUUGGACUGUUUGAGCAAGAUGGGCUUAAGAAAGCAGCAAAGAACUUCAAACCUAGGCAUACGAAGUAUCCAUUUUCAAAGAAAGAUAUAUACAUGGAAGUGAAAGACACUCUGGGUCUGAUGCAUUUUGACGGAAGCAAUGCAUGGGUUAUUCAUGGAAACUAUACUGAGAGUGGCAAGCCUAUUCUUUCUACUGAUCCUCAUCUGACAUCACUUCUUCCUUGCUUCUGGAUGAUGGCUGAGGUUUCCUAUGGGAACGUUUCAAGAUCAGGAGCAUUUUUGACAGGAUUUCCUUGGAUAUUACUAGGAAGAACUGAAAGCUUAGGUAUCGGAAUUACAGCAAUCCACGCUGACGUAAUUGAUCUUUAUGAAGAAAAAGUAUCAGAAGAUGGCAAGUAUUAUGAAGUAGAUGGAGAGCUAGUUCCCAUAAAGCAGCAGAAAGACUACAUCAAAGUGAGGGAUCCAUUUUAUCCCUCUGGCUACAGACUUGAAGAGAUCUUGAUCAAUUCAACUCAUCAUGGACCACUGAUCAAUGAUCCAUACGACGAGGUUUAUAAAUUCAUGAAAAGAUUACCAUUCGGAUCGCUUUCCAAGCACAACUUAGCAGUUUCUUGGUCUGGUUUCCAAGGCAAGUCAACCUAUUUCAGCAAUAACAGAUGCCUCAAUUAUGCUAAAGAUGUCCACCAAGGCUUUGAAUGUUUGAAAAAUCUUGGAACCCAAGUGGUGAACAUUUUCCUCACUGACACUAAAGGAAAUAUUGGAAUGGCUCCAAGUAUUAGUUAUCCCAUCAGAAAGCAUCCGCUUGCAGGAGCUUAUAUCCAAGAUGGAAGUAAAAGUGAGAACGAUUGGAAAGGAUAUGUACCAUUUGAAGAGAUACCAAAAGCUAUCAACCCUGCUAGAGGAUACAUUACGAAUUCUAACAACAUGCUUACCACUCAGAAUGUAGAAUAUGGAAUUGGAGCACUGAUGCCUUCCCCACCAAGAGUUCAAAGAUCUUCGCAAUUGAUUGAGGAACAAAUGAAGAGUGGCAAAAAGUUCACCGCCAAAGAUAUGCUAAGGUUCCAACUUGAUUCAGUCGAUCUCAAUGCGAUAGAGAUACAUGGCUUGCUCAUUCAGAUCUUGGAUAAGUACUCUGAGAAACUACUACACCAGCUACCAAACCAAGAAUUUAAGGAUAUAUUCAUAAAAUUCAAGAGCCACAUUGAUAAAUUUGAUGGAGAUUAUCAUGUAAACAGUACCCAAGCUUCUCUCUUUGCUUUAUGGGAGCUAGACUAUCAUAUCAGCUUCCUUCAAGACCAGAUUCCUCAAAGAGUAUUGAGAGAAACAAUGGUGAAUAUCCCAGACGGGGACCUCUUUCUUUUGGAUGUUCUAGAAAAUUUGGUUUCAGAUCCUGGCUAUUACAGUGAGUUCUGACAAUCGAGCAUCACCAUAUAUGACAAAGACUAUGAGAUCAAAGAGAACAAAUGUUUAUUGAGUUUAGCUUACAAUGCUAUUCAUGCAUGGAAGAUGCUAGAGACAACUGUCUCUAAAGAUCCACAAGAAUGGCUAUGGGGAAGAGUUCAUCGACAGUUCUACGAACAUUUACCAUUUUCUCAGAUCCCUGGCUUUAAGUCAAUUUGGCACAGAGAAGUCCCAGCAGCUGGAUCUAGAAGGACACUUUCAUUUGCAUGCUAUGACUAUUUUGAAAACAACAUGAACUCAGAUGUGUUUUUCAAAGCAGUAUUUAGUGCAAAUUUCAGAGCUGUAAUAGACAUGGCUAUGUAUGAUGAACCAGAAAAAUAUCCGAUGUACAUGUCAAUCGAUACUGGAGCCUCUCAGCACCCUUUCUCUGAACACUACUUUGAUAUGAAUGACAUCCAUUACUCAGAAGAAGGAAGGAUUAUGACCCUGGGAAUUGAAAAUGCUAGGAAAGAAGCAAGAUAUCACCUCGAACUAGUUCCAGCAAUCUAAUUCAAAAGCUUAUUUUAGCGAUAUAAAUGAAAUUUAAAGGCUC